AUUUGCUCACUUUCAGAUAGAAGGUUCACUGAUUUGGCCGAAAAGUGUGCAAGGUCAAGUGUUGUCGGCGUUCUUUUGGGGUUAUUUUGGAAGUCAAAUUUUGGGAGGUUAUUUGGCGAGUAGGAUCGGUGGGAAGAUUGUGAUUGCAUUCACGGUGAUUGCAUCGUCGAUUCUGACUUUGUUGAGUCCGUUGGCCGCAUUUACCAAUGUCUAUUUAUUCUUUGCGUUGAGGGUAGCGCUUGGCUUGGUACAGGGUGCAAUGUUCCCAGCAUUCCAUACAAUGUGGUCGAUGUGGGCACCCCCACUAGAACGAAGUCUCUUGACUGGUAUCACUUAUGCAGGUGGUCAAAUCGGGAAUACACUCGUAAUGCCAUUGUCGGGUAUUUUGUGUAAGUAUGGAUUCGCUGGUGGAUGGCCAUCAAUUUAUUAUGUUCUUGGUAGAAUUUUUGUUGAUUGCUUAAGUCUCAAAACUUGUGUUGUUACAGGAAUAAUGGGCUUGAUUUGGUCUCUGGUGUGGUGCUAUUUUGUGGCCGAUAUACCGCAAAAAAGUCGACAUAUUAGUGAGGAAGAACGAGCUUAUAUUCAGCUGUCAUUGGCUGAUAUUAUGAGCGAGGGAGAGGAUCAGAAGAGGAAACCAGUCCCUUGGGUCGAAAUAAUGAAAUCGGUCCCGGUGUGGGCCUGUUAUUGCGGUCACUUUGCAGGCGAUUGGGGCGCCUAUAUGAUGAUGACCAGUUUACCACUGUUCAUGAAUGACAUCCUGGGAUUCGACUUGACUUCGUUGGGUUUUCUGUCAGCCAUCCCGUACAUCGCCUAUUUCGUAUUCAUAAAUCUCGGUGGUCUGAUUGCUGAUAAAAUUCGAGAUGCUGAGCUUCUUUCGACGAUUGCCGUUCGACGUUCGGCUAUGAUUAUUGCGUUAGGUGCACAAGCGUUGUUUUUGAUCGCA